AGCCAUCACCACCUCAAAAUGUCCAAUUUCGACCCAAACGCUGUCAUCCGCGGCGCGCAGCUCACCAUUGUAGGCGCCUACCGCGCCCUGCAGAACCCCUCCCUCUUCGAGAUGAAGCACUACCGACAAGCCUUUCUCGCCGUGGUGAUAGGCGCAGCGCUACGCCUGCUCGUCGCGGCGCCCAUAUUCGGGGUGAAGGUGCUCCUGGGCUUCGUCGGGCUGUUCGUGGACCUGUCCGCCGUGACCUGGGAUGACGACAUCAUAUCCGGUCUCGACUUCCUGGAGAAGAGCGUGCUGCAGGUCCCCUUUUUCCUGAUGAGCGCCAUGAGGUACCUGGUGCCCACCCUUGACGACAUGUUCAUGCAGAGUCUCGAGUGGGUGGACAAGACGUACCUCAUGAAGCACGCGGACGAGAACCCGGAAGGGCUCAGGGCGCUGUACUACCCUAACCUCAGGCUCUACUCCAGGAAGGCUGGCGGCGCGGGUGCCCCGGGCGUGGCCAAGGCUCUUAGGCCAUUCUUGAUCAAGUAUGCUCGCCGGGCGGCUAUCUCGAUUGCGGUUUACUUUGCUUCCUUCUUGCCGGUUGUGGGACGGUUCGUGUUGCCCGCGGCGUCGUUCUACUCGUUCAAUAGGGCCGCCGGACCGAUUCCUGCGAUCGCGGUUUUCGGUGUGGGGCUACUGCUGCCGAAGAGGUGGAUGAUUGUUUUCCUGCAGGGGUAUUUUGCCAGCAGGGGCCUUAUGAGAGAAUUACUUGAGCCAUACUUUUGCAGGAUCAGUUUUGACAAGCAGCAGAAGAAGAGGUGGUUCCGGGAAAGAGAGGGAUUGCUGUUCGGAUUCGGCGUAGGGUUUUACCUCUUGCUCAAGACACCUUGGUUGGGCGUGUUGAUUUAUGGUAUUGCGGAGGCAAGCACGGCCUAUCUUAUCACUAAGGUAUGUACUACCCCCCCCCCCCCCCUUCCUCCCUCGGAGCUUCGCAUGAAAUCGGAGUUAACGUAAUGGGCACGAUAGAUUACCGACCCCCCUCCACCGCCCAGUAGCAGCAAGGGAUUCGCCGAGACGCAAGUGGUGUGGAAGAAUAAACACGAAUUCAUGAAGCUAGAUCUAGAUAAGCUCGAUAGAUUGAACGUUAAAAGUGCUAUCAAGGGGGCGGAGAGCCCGUUUGUGAGUGGCAUGGCUGAGAAGAAGAGUUUGUGACGUCUGCGAAAUUGGUGUCGAAAGGCACUGGGGGUUUUUUUUUUCUUUUCUCCCUUUCUUCCUUUCUUUCUUUCCUGUUUCUCUUUUGUCUCGCUUUCGGUUGAAAAAGAGAGAGUGGAGGGGAAGGCUGGCUACACGGAGCGGUUUGAGUUCCGGUCUGAGGCCGUACACCUAUAUUAUUGCCAAUAAUGCUCGCAAGAAUUGACCACGGUGUUAGCACCGCACCUUAUAUAAAAGUUUGGUGAGUGACUACGGCCAUAUAUUCUCACUCGGAGUUGGAAGUUCACAGGGGUCCGUGGGUUGUCCGGAUGCUUUUGCAUCUGACGAGGUAGGUGGGGGGGUUGUUUUGGGCACAAGGUUCGGAGCA